UGUUAGCAAAAGUGAAAUGAGACAGCUUCGAAGGAAGCUUUUGAAUUCAAGUCAAUAAUAGUUGGUUAGUUGGUUUAUUGGUAUCUCUGUUUGAUUUCAAAUAUAACGACCAUGUCUACUAAAAUUCCCCGUGAUGCUCUAGUAAUUCAAGCUAUCCUAAAAGAUAUGGGAAUUACUGAAUAUGAGCCUAGGGUUAUCAAUCAACUGUUGGAAUUCAUAUACCGAUAUGUGACUACUGUCCUAGAUGACGCUAAGGCAUAUGCAAAUCAUGCUAAGAAAAAAGGGAUUGAUUUGGAUGAUGUCAAACUUGCUGUUUCAAUGCAAAUGGAACAAUCUUUCACUUCUCCACCACCACGUGAAAUUCUCAUGGAAGUUGCAAGAUCAAAAAAUAGCACACCUCUACCUUCAGUGAAACCACAUUGUGGCAUUCGCCUGCCACCUGACUGCCAUUGCCUUGCUGCUUGCAAUUACAAGUUGAAAACUAUCAAAAAGACCUUACCAAAGGCUCUUGGUGGUGGAUCGACUGCUGGAUCUAGAAUGGGUAUGCUGGGAGCGGCAAGAGCUGUGCACCGACCGAGUUCACCUGCAGUUCGGGUCACUACGAUUAAUGCGGGAACUCCCACAACUCCUCGACCUGUUGUGAAGAUCAACACUGGUUCUGCAAUUAAUACUCCCGCCAAUGUUCCAAAGAUUCAGAUCAAUAUUCCGGCUCAGCCCAAUCAGCCAGCAGAGAAAAUGGAAAUUGAUGUUCGAGGAGUAAAGCGUGAAAGAGAGGACGAUGAUUAUGAUGCUGCGUGAAUUAUUGGAAUGGUUUCUUAUUUCAUUAAAUUUCUUACAAGCUCGCGUUACGUUGCCUGAGUAAUGAUAAAUUCUUGAAUAAAUCAAUCGACUUAAGAUUUUUUCUUCAUCCAAUCCAAGUAUUUAAAAAUUAAUUAACGUUGCUCGUGUAAUAUGGCUUCCAGAUGUACAUAGGAAAGAUGUUCAACUCAAUGUUUUAUCACCUUAGCACACAUGUUUGACACGAGAAAAGGAAUCUUAAAGGGGGACAACGAGUGCUGAGGAACACAAUGGAACGGCUGACGAGACAAAAUCAGCUUGGUUUCUUAAAGUAAAAUCGUAGGUUUGAAAACUGCUAAGCAGACUUGAUCGUGUUGAACUUUGCAAAUGGGGGGGGGGGGGGGAGGGCGAAUAGUUAAAAUGUAUGA